CCAGCACUAGCAGAUUCUGACUACGAUGGAGAUCUUCUCAGUAUAUCUACCGAUAGCGACAUAAGUGAAAUAUUCUAUUUAUUCUUUCACAAAUAUCAAGUGUUCAAUAAUUGUUCUGGUCGUGGUAUGCUGUGGUUUUCUCUUUCUAGCAUGAACGUAGGUUGCGUGAUAAGUUCAUAUGGUUUGCUGUCAACUGUCUAAAUGUUGUCUUAUUUUUGCAUUUAAGAGUUUUUGAUAAAAAUGACAUUGCAAAUCAUGAUAAUUGUAUGCAAACGUUCAAGAAUUAAUUUACUUUGCAAGCUCAGUUUAACGUGUGAAUUUUUGGCCCUAACACUGACAGCUGUCAUCUGUCAUUGUUUUGUAAUGUUAUUUGAGAGAUAUAUUUUUUGUGACAAUUGCCACACAUAGACGAUCUGACCAGAACAAUUAUUAAUCACUUGUUACUAUUGUUCAUUAACCUUUUUCAAUUCACAGCCACCGUCUGGAAAACCAGACAAGAUGCUCGGUACAUCGGACUUCUGUAGUCUUCUGGGGACAAGGGAUGAGUCGUAUUACAUCGAUAAAACCACUCUGUUAGAAGUUUUCUUUAAAUGUGGUCGCAGCCGAGUGCUGCUGACAGCUCCACGCCGUUUCGGAAAAACUGUAAUGAUGAAGGCUUUUUUUGAGUUGCAAGUGCUAACAGAAGACUAUAAGACGCCAUCAGAGGAAACAUUCCAAAUAAAAGUAAAAGAAACAGCUAAUUAUAAGCGGUUUGAAGAGCAUCAGUUAGAAAUAACCAGGAAUCCAGAUUUGAUGAACAAACAUUUUGAAAAAUAUCCCACAUUACACAUUUCAUUCAAAUGUGACCUGCCAAUCGAAAGUUUUUCUAACGCAGUUGCAUUCUGUAGUGGGAUUUUAAGUGAAGCCUUCAAGAGCCAUAACUAUUUAAUAUCGGAAGAAGCAUUAAGUCAAUGGGACAAAAAUAUAUAUGCCAAAUGGUUGAACGACGACUGGGAUGAAAGGAGAGCAAAGGAUGGAAAGUCGAUAUCUGACGGUUUGAAAACUUUAGUCCGUUAUGUCUUUGAGAACUUUAACAAAAAAGUAGUACUACUUAUCGACGAGUACGAUUCGGUUAUCAUGCAAGCAAUAUUGAAUAUAAAGGCAAAAGAUGAACUAGCGACGGUCAUACAGUUUUGUUUAGGUAUAAUCCAAGCUACUGUUAAAGAGAAUAUUGGGGAAAAUUGGGUAGAGUACGCAUUUAUCACCGGAAUUUCCCACAUCGCCGGAAUAGGCCUUUCGGGUUCGAACGUAAAGCCUUUCAGAUUUCUGGAAAAUCACUCCUUUGUUCCUUACUAUGGCCUGACAACUAGGGAAAUUCGGAACUUGUUAAGGAGGACAUAUCAAUUUGAUGAUCAGCGAAUUGCUGAAGCAGAAAAAAAAUUCAACGGUUAUUGUACAGUUCGUGGAGUAAAGAUAUACAACAUAUGGUCUGUGCUGGAAUAUGCUAGCAAAACUAAUAGCGAUGAUUUCACUUAUGAAUGGCAAGACACCGGAUAUAUAGUAGGUCUCAAAGAGGCUUUUAGAUUCCCUGAAAUUAUGAAGAUAUUUCAAACAAAAUUACUGUUGGAUUGUCCCAUAGAAAUUAAAACAGUCAAGUGCUUAACACUAGAAGAUGUUCUGGAUUUGGUAAACAUAAUAGGAGGAACUGAUCCUCAGAAUGUCGAUUAUGCACGUCCUGAACUCUUGUUCUCAUUUAUUCUCGAGCAAGGCUAUUUGUCAUUUGUAAAGAAGAAGCCUGGACUGCUGGUAAUACCCAACGACCAAAUCAAAAAGCAAAUCAAGGAUAAGUUAACAGACUUUACCAUUCAAAUAUUUGAUGGUGAUACUACAUAUAUUGACAAGUGCAAAGAAUUCCUUCUGAAAAUCUUUAAGAUGAACUGUGAUUAUGACGAUUUCAAAGAAUUUCAUGUGAAUCUUGAAGUUGUUCACCAAAAAUAUGCAGCAGGAUGGAGUAAAAAAAACGAAGCGAACAUACGUUGCAUAAUAAAAAUUCUGGUCGAUAAUUUGAGAUUUAAAGACUGUGCUGAACUUUUGUUUGAUUUCGAAAGUCUUAGGUGAUUUGGGAAAUUAAGUAUAAGGAAAGCAACAAAAAAGCCGUGCUUAGCAUAAAGGACAGAGGGAACUUAAAAGUACUUAAAAAUAAAAAUAUAAUCAGAAGUCCCGCAACACGUUGGGUUCUAAUGGGGACUAACAUGGAUGAAAAUGGACAGGUGUCAAUUGGUUACUUACAGAAUAGCGAGAACUUUGAUGAUAUAACAUUAAUUCCCUAGUUUUGUUUUUUUAAAACUUUGUUAGGGUAAUUUUUUUCCUGUAUUUCAGAAAUGUUUUUAUUAAUGAUGAAUAUAUAACUUUGAUGGAA